CUUUGAAGCAAUGACCCGUGAUGACUGGUCCGUGGAGGCUGAUGAUUCAUGGGCACCCGCCGAAUUGGUGACCGCCAUCACCGAUGAGGCUGAUGAUUCAUGGGCAGCCUUUGAAGCAAUGACCCGUGAUGACUCGUCUGAUGAGGGUGAUGUUCCAUUGGCACUCCUUGAAGUGACGACCCGUGAUGACUCGUCUGAUGAGGGUGAUGAUCCAUGGCCAGCCUUUGAAGCAAUGACCCGUGAUGACUCGCCUGAUGAGGGUAAUGUUCCAUUGGCACUCCUUGAAGUGACGACCCGUGAUGACUCGUCUGAUGAGGGUGAUGAUCCAUGGCCAGCCUUUGAAGCAAUGACCCGUGAUGACUCGUCUGAUGAGGGUGAUGAUCCAUGGGAUGCCCUCGAAUUGAUAACCAGUAAUGACUGGUCUGAUGAGGAUGAUGAUCCAUGGGAUGCCCUCGAAUUGAUAACCAGUAAUGACUGGUCUGAUGAGGAUGCAUGGGAUGCCCUCGAAUUGAUAACCAGUAAUGACUGGUCUGAUGAGGCUGAUGAUCUAUGGGAUGCCCUCGAAUUGAUAACCAGUAAUGACUGGUCUGAUGAGGAUGAUGAUCCAUGGGAUGCCCUCGAAUUGAUAACCAGUAAUGACUGGUCUGAUGAGGAUGAUGAUCCAUGGGAUGCCCUCGAAUUGAUAACCAGUAAUGAAUGGUCUGAUGAGGAUGAUGAUCCAUGGGAUGCCCUCGAAUUGAUAACCAGUAAUGACUGGUCUGAUGAGGAUGAUGAUCCAUGGGAUGCCCUCGAAUUGAUAACCAGUAAUGACUGGUCUGAUGAGGAUGAUGAUGCAUGGGAUGCCCUCGAAUUGAUAACCAGUAAUGACUGGUCUGAUGAGGAUGAUGAUCCAUGGGAUGCCCUCGAAUUGAUAACCAGUAAUGACUGGUCUGAUGAGGAUGAUGAUGCAUGGGAAGCCCUCGAAUUGAUAACCAGUGAUGACUGGUCUGAUGAGGAUGAGGAUUCAUGGGAUGCCCUCGAAUUGAUAACCAGUGAUGACUGGUCUGAUGAGGCUGAUGCCUUCCUGGACGUCACGGCCAUCUGUGCUGUCGUUGCGUACAUUGUCUUGCUUCACUAAGCAGCCUGGUAACACACUCACCAGUGACCCCCGGCUCAGGCGCGAGCCACAUCGUGAGCCACACUCCCGGGGAGCGAGACUCCCUUUAGUGACCGUCGCUCUUAUUACACCUUCAGGGGAGGAGCUCCAGCUGUAUUUCUUAUCUUAUCA